AUGCUGCAGCUCAUUGUGCAGUCUGCCAAAGUCCAGCCCCCUCAGACUCCCCCACCUAGUUUUUCUGUGACGGUAUACUUCAGAGAUGUCAAGAAGAGAACUCGAGUUAUAGAAGAAGACAAUAAUCCCACCUGGAAUGAGACCCUAGUGUGGCAUGUAGGACCAUACCAUCUGGAAAAUGAUGCCUUCCUUCAAGUCAUCCUCCGAGACAUGAGCCAUAGAAAAAGUGAAAGGACUUUUGGUAUUAGCACUGUAUUCCUCAGGCCAUUGGCAGAAAACCCACAUGAGCCCCUGGUUCUAACUGAGCUGCCCCUGGUCAGCCGGACUGUGCAUCCCACAAAAAGUACCAUCACCUUACAAAUAACCUACUUUCCACAAGAGGCCCACCAUAAGUCAGCAACUUGGGAAAAGCUCGGCAUCAGUUGUAAGGAGGGUGGAAGGCAUGAAAUCAUGGUGGCUGGCCACAACGUGAGAAUGCCUCUGACCUCCAAGCCACAGGACUUCCAGGUUCAGUUGAGGAUAUUUGAAGCCCGCCAGCUCCACGGAAACAACAUUGAGCCCGUGGUGAAGAUAUUAAUUGGAAAUCAUGAGUAUCGGACUCGAAUCAAGAAGGGGAAUAACCCCUUCUUCAAUGAGAAAUUCUUUCAUAAUUUCCAACAUCGGUAUCCCUCAGACCUCUUUGAAGAAAUCAUCUCAAUCCAGGUGGUGGACUCCCAAGCAAAGAGAGCCAAUUCAGAGAUUGGGAGGUGCCAGAUAGAUGUUGGGAUCAUCUACUACUCUCCAGGGCACACCCUCAUGAGGAAGUGGCUAGGCCUCUGUCAUUCCAAUAAACCCAACUUGGGGAUCAGAGGUUACCUGAAGAUUACCAUCUCUGUCCUCGGCGUUGGAGACCAAGCCCCGGUGGAUCAUGGACAUCUGCAUGAGACUGGUGAAAUAGAGAAGGAUCUCUUCAUGUCAGCCACAGUCCCAAUCCAAUUAGCUACUUUUUGGUUCUUUAUCUACUACGCUGAAGACCUGCACCUCAAAACUACUGUGGCCUCCAGGUUCUAUUCCCACACCGUCAGGGAGAAAAAGAGCUCGAUGAAUCCAAUGUUGGAGUUGGAGAUAGCUGGGAAAAUACUCAAAACUAGCCCGAAGCUCCAUACAGAGAAGCCCAGGUGGGACCAGGCUCUGAUCUUCUCUGUUCAGCUGCCCUGCAUGACCAACCAUAUCAAGCUGAGGGUUCUUGACUGGGACAAAAAAGGACACAAUGAGGUGAUUGGGACAGCCAGUCUGAACAUCACACAUCUCUCUUCAGCGGGAGCUCUCACUAAAGCAGCCUCCGGUUUCCUGCCCUGCUUUGGCCCUAGCUACCUUAUUCUUCAUGGGGGAGAAAAAGCAUUAUCCCAGAGCUUCCCUGAUGAAGAGCCUUUCUCCCAUCUGGACUCAGUGGAGGAAGAUUUAACUUAUCGAGGUAGAGUCUUAAUGGAAUUAGUCUCUGGAAUACAAGAUACGAAAACAAACAUUAAUCUCCCUAGGACUACUUCGGCCUUCAUAGAGAGUGAACUGCACCGACAAAAGUAUGGACUGUGUGUCAUCUUCCUCUCCUCUACCAUGAUGCCUGCCUUUAAGGACCAGGUUCACUUCGAGGUCACCAUGGGCCACUAUGGUAACAAAAUAGACCUGAAUUACAGGCCUCUGGCCUCCACCAGCCAGUACAGCCAAGCAGUAUUUGAUGAUACUUCCUACCACUACCUGCCCUGGCAUAAUUCCAUGCCAGUAGUGACUCUGACCUCCACCUGGGAGGAUGUCAGCUUCCGGAUGAAUUCCCUCAACAUCCUCCAUGUGACGCGGGACCGGCUGAAAUCCAACCUGGAGGCCCUGAAGUCAAUCCGGAACCCUAAGCACCCAGCAUUGCGUAGACGGUGGAAGAAACUGCUGAAGGAGCUGGUGGAAGAUUGCGAGUGGCCUUUGCCUGAUGUGAAAGACCAACCCUUUGUCACAAUCUUGGACCAGAAUUUAUGGAAACUUCGAAAACUAGUCCUUCAGGAAUUGGCAGAGGAGGCCAAGAACAGUGAGCAUGAACACAAGGAAAUGCUGCCCAAGGCUGAGAACUGGUUGUAUCGGCUCAACACUGUGCUCCCAGAGCCUCAGUCUAGCAUCCCUGAUGUAGUGAUUUGGCUCCUGUGCAAAGAGCAGCGUGUUGCUUAUGCCCGGGUACCUGCCCACACCAUCCUGUUCUCCCAGGCUGGGGCCCUCUACUGUGGCAAGUUCUGUGGGAAGGCUCAGACCCUCUUCAUGCAGUACUACAAAGAACAAGAAUCCAAGACCUUACUGGAGGCCCAAAAGCAGAAGGGAAUAACGGCAGCCCAGCUCCGGGUAUGCAUGUGGCUAGGCAGUGUCUUGGACAGCAGCAACCUGGCAAAGACCGGCUAUCAUGAUUUCAUCUUCUAUUCAAAGACAUAUGAGAACCAAGCCAUGUACCAGGGCAAGUGGGGACCAGAGGGAUUGAAAAGCUAUCCCAGCUUCUCUGAUGUCACUGGACACCAGAUUCUCCCCAAGGAGAACUUCCAAGUGCCCCAAGGAUGGCGCUGGCAGGGAAGCUGGUUUGUGGAACCCCAGACAAGAUUCCUUCUAGACACAGACAUCAACCAAAACCAAAUACUGGAGGAAGUGUAUGAAAACCAGACCCGGAACAUUUGGGGAAGUUGGACUCCAGCUGCCAUCCCAAACACUGACAUGCUCGGACAGCCUGUGCAGGCUAGGGAAAACAUGAAGUGCCCAGAAGGCUGGUUCAUCAAGGAAAACUGGAAUGUGGAGUUAAACCGGGCAGUGGAUAAUGAAGGCUGGGAGUAUGGUGUGGGGAUUCCUCCCUCGGGUAUCCCCAAAGCUUGGACUGCUGUGGAGAAGACCUACCAUUCCUGGCGCCGCCGCCGAUGGGUGAGACAGAGAUGCCAGAAUCCUGGAGAGCAGAGACAUGAACAGAAGCAGUCACCUGUCCUAUCUGGAGAAGAGGAAGGCUGGGAAUAUGGCUCUUUUGGCUCCAAAUCUGACCCAGAUCCACAGCCAGGCAGCAUGUUCCGCCGCCGUUGCUGGCACCGUAAGAUGGUACCCAUUGAGGAUGUCAGUAUCUCUCCCAUCUUCUUCCUGGAGAGAUCCUUGGAAAUAGAGACGGAGAAGAAACUAAAGGAGAAGGAACAGAAGACAGAACAACAGGGAGAGGUUAAAAAGAAAGAGAAGAAUCUCAUGACUUCAAAAAAAGCUUUAAUGGAGACACCUCAACAACUCAGCACUCUUUUCAUCUACUGCAUGAUCUACAAACCACAGUACUACCAGCUUUUCUGCUACAUCUACCAAGCAAGAAACCUGAUGUCUAAUCACAUCCAAACCUUCUCAGACUCUUCCAUUCAGGUGGUCUUCCUGCACUAUGGCCAGAGCACCCGGACACUAGAGACUUCCCUGGUCCCAACGUGGGACCAGACAUUGGUCUUUGACCACAUUCUACUCUAUGAGAAACCCCAAGAUUUAGAAGAAAACCCUCCCCUCGUAUGCCUAGAGCUCUGGCAGCUGAAUUCCUAUGGCAAGGGGAGCUUAUGGGGGAGGAGCAUGUGUUCACCAGUUGUCUGUCUAGAUCUCCAAAAGCGAGCACUACCUCUGCUAAGCUGGCAUUCCAUCAGCAAAGAGCCAGGGGAGGAAGAAGGAGAGAUUCUGGCUGCUUUUGAGCUUAUCCUAGAGACUGAGAUGGUCAGUAACCAGAAAUCUCUACUCAUGAGUAUUCCCUGGAAGAAUGGCUACUAUACCCUCCCCAAAAGCAUCCAGCCCUCUUUGAAGAAAACUGCUAUUGAGAUCCUGGCUUGGGGGCUACGGAAUAUACAAAAAGCAAACUCUCCCUGGCUACUGGUGGAAUGUGGUGGGGAAACUCUGAAGACAGCUCAGAUCAAAGAUUAUCACUCCAACCCCAACUUUCCCCAGGCUGCCCUCCUACUCACUCUGUUCCUGCCUCAGGAGGAAGCAUAUGCCCCACCCCUGGUGCUGAAGGUGGUAGACCAGCAAAGCUUUGGCAUCCAGAUGGUAGUAGGCCAGGCCAUUGUCUACUGCUUGCGUCCAUAUUUCUGUGACCCCUGGGCUGAAGACUAUGUACCCCCACGCCUUCCUGCCAUACCCAAGAAGAAGAGAGCUUUCUUCGAUUACAAGUACAGAAGGUCCAAGUUUAGCCACAGUGAGGAAGAGCAUAUGCAUGAAGUCGAUUGGUGGAGCAAGAUGUUCUGGGCAUCAGGAGAGAGCCCUAAGAAGUGGAACCACAAGAAAGACUACUAUGCUCUAAAGGUAUAUGACUGUGAGCUGGAAGCUAUACCAGACUUCCAAGGCCUGCAGGACUUCUGCCAGACUUUCAACCUCUACAAGGGGCAGAAGACUGAAGAUAGCCCCAUCAUGGGGGAAUUCAAGGGCCUUUUCCGGAUCUAUCCGCUUUCUGAGAAUCCCAAACAACCCAGCCCUCCACGCCAGUUUCAGAAUCUUCCUGAGAGAGAGAGUGGCCCGCAGCAGUGCCUUGUCCGAGUGUAUGUAAUACGGGCCAUCGACCUGCAACCUAAGGACAACAAUGGUUUGUGUGACCCUUACGUGAUCCUGAAACUGGGCAAGACAGUGCUAGGUAGCCGGCACCAUUAUAAGCCCAACACCCUGGAUCCCAUCUUUGGCAUGAUGUUUGAGCUGAACUGCACCAUUCCUCUGGAGAAAGACCUAGAAAUCACUCUUUUUGAUUUUGACUUAAUUUUACCUGAUGACAAGAUUGGAUCCACAGUCAUCGACCUGGAGAAUCGGCUCUUGUCCAGCUUUGGCGCUCGUUGUGGGCUUCCCAAGUCCUACUGCCUGUCAGGGCCCUUUCAGUGGAGGGACCAGCUAACCCCAAGUCAUCUCCUGGAGCGCUAUGCCCACAGGAAGGGGCUGCCUCCACCUGAUUUCAGUACUGAGAAUUGUAUCACAUUCAGUGGGAGGAUCUUCAAGCUACAUAACUUUGAACAACAUACUCCUCCUAUUAAGUACUUAGGUUCUCCAAAAGAGCGCCUGGCACUGUACCUCUUGCAAGCUCAGGGACAGGUGCCUGAGCAUGUGGAGACUCGAACUCUGUACUCAAACACCCAGCCAGGUAUUGACCAGGGGAAGGUACAGCUGUGGGUGGACAUCUUCCCCCUGCAUCUUGGGCCUCCAGGACCUGCAGUCAACAUCAGUCUUCGAGAGGCCAAAAUGUAUGAACUGCGCUGCAUCAUCUGGGAAACAAGAAAUGUGGACCUGCAAGACGUCACUAUAACUGGAGAGAGGAUGAGUGAUAUCUACAUCAAAGGAUGGAUGCAUGACAUGGAGGACGACAUGCAAAAGACAGAUAUCCACUAUCGAUCACUUACUGGGUCUGGGAAUUUCAAUUGGAGGUUCAUCUUUACUUUUAACUACCUGCCCACAGAAGAGGUCUGCGUUCUAAGCAAGAAGGAAUUCAUCUGGAGCUUGGACCCCACAGUGGAGAAGAUCCCACCUCGACUUCUAAUCCAGGUUUGGGACAACGACAAGUUCCUUUCUGAUGACUUUUUAGGAAUUCUAGAGCUAGAUCUGUGUGAAAUGCCAACCCCUGCCCGCAAGUCCCAAGAAUGCACCCUCAGCAUGAUGGAAAACAAGCCCAAGUGGCCAUUUAAGUUCCUCCACAAGCAUGUCUCCCUCUUCAGGCAGAAAACUAUCACUGGCUGGUGGCCUUGUCAGGUUCUGGAUAAUGGCAAAUGGCGUUUGUCGGGCAAAGUGAAGAUGACCCUGGAGGUGCUGACAAAGAAGGAGGCCGAAGAAAGACCGGCUGGUAAAGGCCGCUCUGAACCCAACCAAUACCCUACACUUCAUGCACCCGUACGACCAGAAACCUCAUUCCUGUGGUUCCUAUCACCUUGGCUCAGUGUGCGCUACAUCCUUUGGCACCACUACCGCCGGAAAUGUACACUCACCUUUGUGAUGAUGAGCAUGUUGCUCUUGGUGCUAAUCUUCAUCUAUUCUACUCCCAGCUAUUUAGCUAUGAAGUUGAUCAAACCUGAGUUUCGGAUAGCUGGACCUCUACCUGAAGAGUUUAAGGAAAGUCUCAGAAGGACACCAACAACCACCCCCAGAGGCUCUUCUACUCAAGUCUCACAGACUACAAACACAAGUUAA